AUGGACACCAUGAUCUGCGAGGAUUGCAGAAAUCUUACUCAGCGCAACUGCGACUUCCAAAACAGUCCCAAAGACGAGAGACGCCUACGGCCGGAUCUAAUCCCAGUCGACAAGGACAACCCCCGAUUAGUUACAUUUUUUUUAUACGUUCUGGCGGAUAAGAGAUUAUCGAUGGAUUCGGCAGAAGAUUUCAAUAUGAUGUAUUUACGGGUUUCUAUCAUGGAGUUACGAAUGGAGUUCCGCGUACGUCCUAUGGGAGACUACUUUUUAACGAAGAGACCCUCAGGUGACGAUUGCAAUACGAGGACAGGAACUAGUUUCGUCAUAGCUGCGGAGUGGUUUCAUGAAUGCAUGGCAGAGCAUGACCUUUGCGCCACGCUCAACGUUCCUAGAGACUGGAUCCCGCAUCGGCUGCUCGACGUUAACCCGAGAUCUUCAUCCCUAGAUAUGAUUAAACUCGAACAGACCAAGGACUGGCAACAGCCCCAACGAUAUGCCACUUUAAGCCAUUGUUGGGGUGCUUUGAAACCUCGCAGACUAUUAAUUAAUACUGAGAGAGAGUUUUUACGCGGAAUCCUCUUGGGAUCAUUGCCAAAGACUUUCCAGGAAGCUGUUCGUACAGUUCGAACUUUAGGAAUCCAAUAUCUUUGGAUCGACUCUUUGUGUAUCAUUCAAGACUCGGAGUUGGACUGGAAUAUCGAGUCAUCUCUCAUGGCUUAUGUCUACGGCGGAAGUACGCUAAAUAUUGCAGCUGCUGCAUCUGAUGAUUGUGCCGGUGGGCUAUUCCAGAAUCGGCCGGCAUCUUAUUUUGGACCCUGCUUGUUAUCAAUCAUGAGCCGCGACGAGUCGACGUUAUUACCAUAUCAAAUUCACGAUGAAGAUCUUUGGGAUUUCGAAUUCGAGACAGCUAAGCUGAACACUCGUGCCUGGGUAAUGCAGGAACGCUUGUUAUCACCUCGGACACUUGCCUUCACCAAGACACAGCUUUUCUGGGAAUGCAGGUGUAAGCGGGCUUGUGAGGACUUCCCUGCAAGCUACCCUGUCGACUAUUUUAAACAGCGAACGAUGAUUACGAACCUGGAUAAUAAACUCAGAACUCGUGCUCUAGUCGGUGAAUACGAUGACAAAUUAAAGCUCAGCCUCAAAGGGCAGCUUGGUCUUGCUUGGCGCCAUCUAAUUACGCUGUAUUCGAAACAGAAUCUGACGAAAGAAGAAGACAAGCUCGUCGCACUCAGCGGGAUAGCCCACAUAUUUGCGCAAGAACUCGGCGGAGUUUACCUUGCGGGUCUAUGGGAGUCUACUCUACUGGAAGACCUUCUCUGGGAGGCGAAAGCAGACUUUCAUCCCCGGCGGCGGCCUUCAACUUACCGGGCUCCUUCCUGGUCAUGGGCUUCCAUUGAGUGCCCAGUGGAGUUUAUGCAGGGCACUGUUAAGUCGAGUAGGAUUACACUCGUUGAUGUAAAUGUUCAACCAGCGACAACUAAUAGCCUGUUUGGCAGAGUACAAGGCGGUUAUCUUGUACUUCAAGGGAAGCUGUUUCUUGAUAUUAGUGCUUUGUUGAACACUAACACUGGUUUUGGGACAUUGUGUUCGAAGAAAGGGGGUGUGUAUCGGGAAAUCGAACAUUCACGCUGUAUACCAGACGAGAGAUUGUGCCAAGAAGUGAGCACUCCAAAUAUGGAAUUGGGAAUCUUAUGCCUGCCUCUAGUGUCAUAUGAUUGUUGGAUUGGAGGUGCGUUCAACAACCAUUACGAGAUCAUAAGAGGCUUGGUUUUAGUGCGUGAUACGGGAGAGGCUCAAGGCUAUUUCAAACGAUGGGGCACAUUUUAUGGGAUGCAUUCCGAGUUUUCCAACAACUUGGAUAAUCAAGCAACGAACGAAUGGUAUAUUAGGGGAAAAGAAGGCACACUUAUCAUAGUCUGAUGUCAUAUUCACCUGCUUUACGAAGGUAAGAAUAUUUAUGGGAUCCACCCAGCAAUCUCAGUAUUCACAAACUUGUCAUAAUUUUAGAGGUACUACCAAAUACUUUAAACUUGGUUCUAAGUGCCCAGGUC